AUGGAUCGACAGGAUUCUUCAAAUACGUCAUCUCUAAACUUGAAUAUUAACAACGAUAUAUAUAUGAUGAGAAUUCAGGAUAGAAGCUUAAAAUAUAUACGUCAAUUUCCAGCAAAUAAUGAUAGAAUAUUUUAUAAAGAUCUUGAUUUUUUAAAUAGACCUAUUGGUGAAGUUAGUAUACCAUAUUACACUGAUAAGGUGUCAGCAUCUUUAACUGGUAAAUUAAAGGAUGCUUUUCCUGCAGUCCUACUUAGUGUUACUAGAAACACAGUGCAGGUUUUAAAUUUUACAAAUCAUAAAGUUGAGCUUGUGUCAUAUGACAAUAUAUGGUUGCGAAGAACAUCUAGUGAUCAAAAAAUAUUUUUAAAUCAUGAGGAUUCUGAUCCUUCUAGUGGUCAUUCAUAUAAUGAAAGUUAUAUUAUAAAUGAAAAAGGUAAUAAAUUAGAAAGAUUAUCAAGUGCAAAAUGUAUGGUUAAAGUUCAAAAAUUUAUAAAAGAAGAAGAUUAUUUUUUAUAUCAAGAUUUAGAUAAUCUUUUUGCUGUUGUUCAAAUAACUAAUAAAAAUGGACCAUUUGUAAUUGUUAAAAUGAAUGAUGAUGCUGAAAGACUUAUACCUAUAAGGAGUGGUCGCAAUUAUUCUUUAGAACUACAUCAUCAACUUUCUUUAGCUGGAUUAGUUAAGAAAGGUGGAUAUAAACCAGGAAAAGAAACAUUUUUAAAUAAAGUACCAAAAUGUGCAUUUUUAAGAAGUAAACAUAAUUCUCAUGAAUUUGAACGUGGAUAUGAACUUGAAGUUAUCUGUCCCGAUACCAGAGAAUAUAUUUAUAUGGGAUAUGUAUCUGAAGUUUUUUCUGAAGAACUUUUUAAAGUAACAAUUAUUAAAUAUGCGGAUAACUCAAAAAAUAAAACAAUUUUAUGUGACAAUGCAAAUGAAUUUUUACUCCCAAAAAGAUUUUGUAGUCGUCACAAUUUAAAACUUACAUCACCAUUUGAUUCACAUAGUGGAAAUGAUUUAAAAAAUUUUAAAAAACUUCAUGGAAUCACUGAACCAGCUCCUAAAAAAACAUUUGCUCAAGUUCAAUGCUAUGAUAAAAUAGAAGAAUUUACACGUAUUGAAUAUUAUGAUGAGAAAGGAGAAGUUAUGGUUCCAGCUUUAAUUGUACGAUCAGCUGAAAAUGUUGUCUUUCUUAUACUUGAAGAUAGAGAUAUGAUGAAACCACUUGCAUUUAAUUGUGGUUCACCAUGUAUAUUUCCUGUUGGUACUGCUGAGACAUAUGGUAUUACACUUGUCAAAUCAUUAGAUAGAGAUUAUGAAGAUACAAGACAAUUAAGAUUUGAUUUAGAAAAAAAUUAUAAAUAUUUUGGUAAUGAAUUUACUAAAAGUAGUAUUUCUGAUUGUGAUGUUAAAAAAGAUGAAAUUGAUAAAGAGAAUAUUACUUUUAGUGAUGUUUUUAAAGAUAUUUCAAAAAUUGCUCCAAAAUUUUAUAUUAACCAUGAUUGUAAUCCAGGACCAUACUUAAGACAAAAAGCAAUAAAAUCUAAACCUGUUGUAAAUAAUGGUGGACCUUUAGCUUCAGUUAUUUACUAUAUUAAUAGGCUUAUCAUUCAAUGUGCUGAUUCUAAUUCUAGAGUUCGUGUCUCCAAUAUAAUUUCAGGUAAUGAUAAAAAUUCUGGAAUCAUAAUGAAGAAACCUGUUAAUAGUACUCAGGAAGAUGAUACUAUUCAAUAUAAUUCUAAAGGACAAACAUAUAUAUGUGAAGCACCAUUUACAUCUGAAGAAUUUCCUCUUUAUUUAAGAAAACUUAUGUAUAAAUUACAAGCUUGCCCAAAUUUAAUUUCAUUAACAAAACUUGAUGAACCAUGUUCAUGUGAAUGUGAUAAAGUUGAACCAUGGUUUAAAUUGUAUGUUAAUAAUUUUGUAACAUUAUCUGCAUCUGAAUCUCUUGCUGGGCCAGCAAAUUCAACAAGAGGCAAAAAAAGUGCAAAAAGGAAUUAUAAUAGAAUAGAAAAACGUUCUACUAGUGGUGAGAAUGAUAAUAAAAAAACAAAAUUAGAUGAUAGGUGUACAUCUUCAUCAAAAAAUACUACAGAUGAAAGAAAUUCUUCAUAUGAUUCUCGUGAACCAAGUGAAGGAAAAAUGGUUCCACCAAGAUCAAAUGGUGUUACGAGGAAACGUGCAACAACUGUCGAUGUAUGUUCUACAAAAUUACGACGAAGUGGAAGAGUAGCCGGUAAAACUUCAGAAAAUGGGUCUCCAUCAAAGACUGCCGAUACAACUCCUGAACCAUCAUCAUCUCCAUCAGUUUCUCCAAGUGAUGACAAUAGCCAAGAAUCUGUUGGUAAUAAUUCACGUUUUAGUACACCAAUGCAAACAGAUUUAGGAGAUAAAAAAGUACAAGAUAUGACACCACAAGAAUUUGCAUCUCUUAUUAUUGCCGAAGCAUCAUUAGAUAUUAGGGAGAAGGUUGAAAAUAUUAAUAUGAAUGAAUUAUUAAAAUUAGACAUCAGUCAAAUUAUGAAACAAUUUGACGUUCGAAUGGGUUCAGCUAUCAAAAUUCAACACAUUAUUCAAAAAAGAAUCUAG